AUGCACUUUUGCAACACAUCAAACACAACACUUAAUACGCACAACAUGACGCCUUGCGAUGAGUUGGACGAGCGUUGGGACGGCAACCUUGGCUACUACCACCCCUCCAAUCUUAAUGAACGGCAGAAGGAAUUCGCAUUAGAAUCACUGUCCCAGCAAAGCUGUAGUAUAAAUCAACCUUCUACUGCAAAAGAGACUUCGCCUCCUUUAUCAGCUAAAUCCGAUGGCAGCAUCAGCACUGCUUGUUUUAGAGAGGUAUUGGACGACAGUUACUUGCAGAGCAGUAGCCCGAACUCUCCAGUGAUUCGCAUUGAUACCGUGCCAACGCCACUGACGACGCCUCCCUUGUCCAUUGCAACACAUAAGCAGCAAGAGGUCGAUUAUUUAACCACCUACAAAGACGAUGAAGACGAAGACUUGUCCAUUGUAUCAUUGAAUGAUUUAUCGCCCAAUGAAUGCAUUGCCGCACUGAACCAACAAGAAGAGCAGGAUGCUAAUUGUGGUUAUGCACCCACACCGCCUGCUUCUCUCUUGGAAUACCACCAAGCACUCGUAAACCACUAUAUAGAUGCAUUACUACGAAAGACAGAUCCUCAUACCAUAUCACCCGCUGUCAUGCAAUCCAUUGAGGCUACACUGCCGCCCAUGUAUCAAACCUAUAUCUCAUUAAUGAGAAAAUCGUUUUCUGUACCAUAUCCAUGCUUGUAA